UCGGUUGCACCGGACAUUGCCCAUCAACUUUUGCUACCAGAAGAGCAUUGUGCAAAGCUAGUUAGCUAGCUACAUAACAUAUCCAUUUUAAAGCUAGUUUGUCGUCGUGUGAGGUGCGUUUCCGUCUUUUGUAAUUCAGCUCGGGAUUCGCAGUUGUCAACAAACCAACAAAUUCCAGAAGUGACGAGGGGACUCCAUUUUCGUACGCGGCAGCACGGACUUAGCCUGCAAGACGGCGGAAAGCUAGGUGGUUGUGUUGCUAGGCUAACUUUCCGUACCAGAGCAAGCGGGCAUCUUGCGAUAAAUUGUCUACCUGACGACAAUUUCGUUGACUACAAAAGACUCCCAGCAUGCUGAUGGUGGGAGGCAAUGGACGGAUGCACUAGAAUGAGUGUGAAGGAGCUGUGUGAGACCGAUGACCUGGCCACCGGCUUGGUGCUGGACCCUCUGCUGGGCUUCAGCACCCACAAAAUGAACAUCAGUCCCCCACCAGAGAUCCGGCGUUGGGGUAACCUCAAAGAGACCCUGUUGCGCUUUCAGCGUAUGCAUGACUUCAAUGCUACGUUUGAGGCACUGACAGUGGGUGAACCGGCUGGUGACUACUUUAGUGCUUUGGGAAGCCAUCGACAGGAGCUGCUGAGACAACAUGUGUAUCGCUACCUCAGUGCCUUCCUGUUGGAUAGCGGUGUCAAGAUCGAGUCCUGUGACAGAUACUCCUCAGAGACCAACGGAGCAAAGAUUACCUCCACGAGACAAUGGUUUGCAGGAGAGCGGGUGGAGGUCCUGCUGGGCUGCAUAGCAGAGCUGAGCCCCGCUGACGGCGCUGUGCUAAGGGCAGGAGUCAAUGACUUCAGUGUGAUGUAUUCUACACGCAAACGCUGCACUCAGCUUUGGCUCGGGCCUGCAGCUUUCAUUAACCACGACUGCAAACCAAACUGCAAGUUCGUCCCCGGGGAGAAGAAUAUUGCGUGUGUUGAAGCGAUUCGACCAAUCUCACCUGGGGAGGAGAUCACAUGUUACUAUGGUGCCAGCUUUUUUGGGGAAGGCAAUGAAAUGUGUGAAUGCUGCACCUGUGAGAGGAACGGAGAGGGUCACUUCAAACACAAGGGGAAGCAGCCUGAAUGUGAAGAAACAAAGGACCCUGUGGGGCAGAAGUACCGCCUGAGAGAGAGAUAUCUUCGUCACCACAGAGAGAAGAGGCCGAUAAUACAAGGAAUACACUCAGGUAUCUUUAAAGCCAUCCCCUCAAGGAAUUCCUUCACCCAGCAGAUGAGGAGAAAUGCCUUAAAGAACAGAAAAUUUUGUCAAACAAAGAAGUGGAGACGAGAGCAGCAUAGGCGAUCAGGAAAGAACCCAUUGAAAUCCUCCACAGUCCAACUGUAUCAGACACUUUUGUCCCAAUUCACUCUGAGGGACCUCCGAAUCAGAGUACGGCGCCACUCGGUUGGUUUCUUACUCAAGUGUAAGGAUCCAAAAGGCAAAGAAAGGGCUUUGCUUCAACAACUGGAAGAAGAGAAUCCAAAAGACAACGGGCUGAGUGAACUGAAUUCGACUGGUGAAGAAAAUAACGGCAGUGAGGUAAACUUGAAGCCUUUCUCCCUAAAUUCAUCCAUGUCUGUCCACCAGAAAAGUGGACCUGCAGCCAGCAGCGCAGGCCUCAAUGGGAAAUCUGUUAAAGUGGUGGAUAGGCGGGUAGUUCCCAUGAGGCACUCUUCAAGAACAAGAAGCAUGGUUGAAACCACGCUCACGCAUCAAACAGGGUCCAGUAACACAGCCAACACUACAGCUGUUUGUCACUGCAGUGCAAUAAAACAAGACAAGAUGGAAAAAGCAAUCGCAGAGAGUCAAAGCAACAAGUCCAGCAGCAUUGAAUCCUGCAUCAUUGACGAGGCUCGAAACCCAGCACCUGUGCCAACGGAGCCCAGGAUCACCAGAGCUUCAUCCAUGUUGGAAGUCACCGAUGGAACGAAGAAAGCCAGAGACAAUCCACUGGUGUCACUGAAGCAAUACCUUACAGUCAGCCUAACGAGGUUAUCAGUGUCGAGUGUAGCAGCAGAAAAGAUCUCUGAAGACCAGGAAGGAAGAGUGCAGUUAAGAGGAAGGGCCAGGCAGAGCCGGUGUACCGGACCAGCACCUCUGAUAGUGAAGUCAGAAAAAAGAGUGUCCAGAUCUCAGCAGAGGCAGGAAGGAAGUUCAGAUGUCUGCAAAGCUGAAGGUAACAGAGGGGUGAGGGAAAUGUUUUUCAAGGCCAUCGAUAAAGUACAUGUAGGGCAGCUACAAGCAAGUGACUCUGUAGGUGAUUUAUCCCACAGAGAGAAAGGGCGGGACGAUAAGGUUAUCGAAAUACAAACAGUGUCGGAAGAAAAAGGUGAAAUGCAGAAGGAGCAGCAGGACAUUGUAAAAAGCGAAGUUGAAGAGCAGAAAGAAAGGAAAAAUGCUGCAUCUGCAAUUGUGGAAUGUAAAAGUAACACAGCCAUGGAGGAAGUUAAAGAGUCGGAAUGUAAAAUAGCGCCCAGUGAAAAAACUAGAGGACAAAAUAACCCACAGUGUGUUCAAAAUAACAUUGAGGAGGGAGUUGUUAAAUUAGAACAAAUGGCUAGGAAUGUGAGUAAACGGCCAGUAAGUAGGCAUGAAGAAGAUUUUGUCAUAAAGCAGGCUAAAGUUUUGCUGUCUGAUAUUUUAAGAAAAGAUAAAUCCUUAAUAGAUAAAGGAUUACAAGCAGAUAUUGUAGGAAGAGUGUUUUCUACCUCAGCCUCUAAAAAAGUGGAAAGUGCUGAGGAGGAAGAGGAACCGACUGAACUAAAUGGAGGAAGGUACCAUUGCUCAGUGCAGAGGAGGAUUAUGAGCCGGCGAAAGAUGAGGCCUCGAGCAGCGAAAACAAAAGCUAAGCAAGGCACCAAGCGACACUUGAGCAAAGAAGUGCCAGCUACAGUGAAGACUGAGUCGAGUGAGUACAGUUUGCAGAUUCAGUCACCACAGAGGCAUGACGAGCCACCGGCCAGCCGCCUAACCCCACUACCUCAUAGGUCCCUCAUUUCAACGAAAGCUAUGACUAAUGAUACCAAUCCACAGGCACACAUACAGUCCAACAUACCUCUGAAGAAACGUACAUUUCGAAGUUCUGUGGAAAUAGACUCUGAACAAGGUUUGACUUCUGCUUCGGACCAAGCUUCCAAAGAAGCCGCUGACCUAAAUUCAUCCGCAGAGCUGAGUCAGGGACCUACCACAUGUUCAGGGGAGAGUUUCAAAGGGAAAAUACAUAUUAAACGCAGGAAAAGGACAACAGAGGUCCAGAGGUUAAACCCCCAGAAGAUCACAAAACAAAACUCCUUAAAGCGAGUGCUACGGUCCCGAGCUAAUGUAGUUCAGCGAAGCCAUUUAUUGAGGAAAGUUCAAAAGUGUAAAAUAGAGAGGCAAGAUGAGGAUGACAUCGAUAGAGAUCAGGCACCAGAGAGUGAUAAGCUUGCAGAGGACAAACAAGCUGCGGGUCCUGCUCAAAUCCAAAAGCAGCAUGAAAAACAUCCAGCUCUGAAUAGAUCUCAGAAGAAAGAUGAGGCGGAAACGUUCAGCCAGCGAAGUAGUUUGGGGGAGACAAAGCCAGGCAUCGAUUUCAAGAUUCGGUUCAAGAGGAGGAGAGGGAGAGUAUGGGAGAUGCAAGGAGCAGGAUUGGAAAAUAUGGCAUUAAAAACAGAAAAGGGAGACGAGCUGGUGACGUGCGACCCUUUUAAAGCUAUUAUGGAUUCCGUAUCCAUUCUAAACAUGGAGAUGGAGGCCGCCCAGGCACACGUGCAUGCUAGUAAGAAGUCAAAGAGCAGAUUGCAUCAUUUGAAAAAGAGAGGCCAGAGGCUGAGUGAAAGGAAAACCACAAAUGCAUCCUUUGAUGUUAAAUUAGAAAAAGACCUUAAAAAUGCGUGUGGACCCAGUGAAACAGCCAAUGACCAAGUAGAAAUGAAAGAGAAGCUCGAUAAGGAACUUCUAGAUGGAGUCAAGCUGCUGCCAGGAAAAAUUGAGAGUUGUAAAACUGACAGUGAUAUGUCAGUUGUAGGGAAAGAAACUAAAAUUGAAGAUCGUUUUGUAAAGAAUUGCUGCUUGUUCGAAACUGGGUCACAGCAGAAAAUAGAGCCUGAAUUGGAUUCAAAUGGUCUUCCGUUACCAGUAAUUAAACUACGCAGAAAGACAGAGGAUAUUUGGGAGGUGGACAGCAAAGAGGGGCUUAUACAAACUGGACUUAAAGUAGAGCCCAAUGUUAAGAAAGAGGUGAAGGGUCACAAUUUAGGGAAAGAAAAGAAAGGAUGUCUUGACAUUAGCAAGCUCAAAGAAGAGUUCCCGUCGCAGAGACUGAACAGCAACACGGCCCUUCUGAAAACAGAAACGCCCCCAUUUUCCUUGUCUCUCUCACCACUGUCUCUGUCUUCCCCCCUCAAUGACAAUAAAACCGAAGUGAUAUCCUCGGUCGCAGAUGCAAUCGCUGAAAGGCCAGAGAUGUACAGUGUGGGAAGGAAACAGAGGCACAAAAUGGAGCGACCACGGAAGUGUGGCCCUUUUGAAACACCCACCACCUGUCUGAGUCACACUCUCCAACAGAUUGACAACAGUCUCUCCAGGCUCUCCGAGGGCUUGUGUUCAUCUCAGACUUUGGAAAAGCCAGCAGCAUGUUCCAGUGUUUCUAAUUCUGUCAUUCAGCCCCCGUCCCAGUCUCCUCCAUUCACAACUGCAGAUAACAUGCUUUCCGGCGAGCCCAACUUCACGAACUGCUGUGAUGAUAUUCUGGACUUCCAGUGUCUCAACUUUGAGGGGUAUUAUCAGCCACAGAACAUCCUUCCGUCUUCCCCAUCAGAUCUGUGUUCACUUGAUGCACCAACGGAUCCUUUCAGCAGUCCCCUCUCUCACAGCCCGUCUGAUACAUGGACAACUGAGACGCCGUACCUUGGCCCUCCCAGUCCAGGAAAUAACUUUACCAGUGAGGAUCUGCAGUUCUUUCCAGGUCUAAUUUCUUCCAAAAGUGACUCUGUUCCUGUGGAAUGUGAAGCGAAGUAUACCUCCAAAGACAGAAUCCAAUCCAACCCUUUCAGUUUUUCAGCUCUUGGCAACUCUGACUUCACUGCUAAGGAUCGAAUUCUAAGUAAAAAUCCAGGAAUGAGGCUUUCCAGAGAAGACCUCAGAACUCAGUCCUAUCCUGUAGUCGGCAAGCCUCGGGUGUUCGGUGCAACACCGUCCUCUGUUACAUCUCACACUCCUGUUACUUUCACCCAUCCCUCCAUCAACGCCAGGGCGAGCACCAGUCAAUCAAAAGUCCAGUCGAACCUUAGAACCCAGGGCCCCUUCCAUCGUACCAUUCCUAGUAAACCCCAGUGUUUUUCAAGUACUCAGCCAAACACUGUCAGAGGAAUGACCCAGAGUUGCACGACUAAAUCCGCCCCGCCACCCCAAAUGUCAAACAAAUUCCUCCCUCCUCAACUCUUCACUGUGAAAAAUCCCAAUCCUCCUGACAAUCCAUUCAAAUUCCAUGAGAAAACCUCUACAGUUAUUCACAGGGUGCUUAAGUAUCAGGGGGGGACCCCAACUCAGAACUUGUACAGUGCACCUUGUAAAGAUGCCAUGGCUGCCGGCAGCCCGAUCAUCGCAUCCAAAACACUCAGUGCAAAAUCAGGUGCUAUUGAGAGAAACCCGCAGAGUCAGAAACUAGGUGCCAGUACAGACUGUCGCCACAAAGACAAUGUUUCUGUUCAAGGGUUUGGAAAAGAUGUCAGCCAUCUUGGUUCCUCCAGCAACCUCAGCAGGUCCAACCCUCAUUUCAACAAACCCAUCCCCUCUUUCCCUCAGUCUUUUAUUAAAAGUAGGAUGUCAUCUGACUGUGGUGAAUCCAACAUGACAUACAAAAACCUUUCAGCGCUGCCAAGACCUUUCUUCUUCCCUAGCAAAGUGUCUGAUGGUUAUUCAUCACCACACGACAGGAAAUCCACUCCGUCGACUUCAGACAAGCACCAGCCAUGUUACACUCAGCAAGACCCUUUCGAUUUUAGCUUCGGCUCGUCUCUUUCGCCCAUGCCUCAGCACAACAACCCCCAAGUGGCCCACAGUACACCUACUGGUACGCCAGCACCAGCAAACAAGACUCAGUCCUCAGCCUCCUCAGCAUCUUUCCCUUAUGGCUGUCAAGGUCCUCCUUACGUACUGAACUUCAGCGGAGACCAUUCAUUGACCCUGGGUCUAAGGGAUGGGGUUGAGGGUUACCCGGGAUUAGGCUCGACAAACUACACCUAUCAUUGUCUGAUGGAACCUUCAGGCACCCAGGGGCGACUGGUCCUCGAGCCCUGUGGACCCCAGUCGUCUAACCCGGCGUCUUUUUCCUUGGGUGGAUUUUCAGGGCUCAGAGGUCAAGACGAACAGUGCAGGAAGGACAUGCAGCAGCAGUGCCAGCCCGGGGAACACCAAGGCACAUCACACUAUGGACCCGUUCCAUCGACUCACUCCAUGGGUGCCACAAAACCCAAGAGAGUGAGGUUGGUGGUGACGGAUGGCACAGUAGACUUAGAUCUCCAGUACUCGGAUUGAUUCACGCCGCCUGGUGUCACUGCAUCCCAGAAAACAUUUGGAUGGAGGGAUUAUACACUAUCAGCUACAAUAUGUUUCGUAAACACUGUAAUUCAUAGUCUACCAGUUAUUAAAGCCCGCUGACUGAUUUCUAAAUCAUUAUUUUGAUGGACUGUUAAUGUAUGAAUGGCUUGUACAGAGUUUUAUGUAAAGCGGGCGUAUUAGCGUGGUUUAUCUACUGUAAGAUUUUUUUUUGACAGAAAUUAAAUAUCCACUACAAUUUGCUGAGAAUACCAAAUUAUGCAUACAAAGUGCAUAAAGAAAACAAAGCAUUAAAUAUAUCUGUGACUAGGUGUUUGAACUCACUGGCCCUGUAAGCCCUCUUACUGUACUGUAACAUAGCUGUAUGACUUUUUCUAUACCACGUAUGGCAGCAGAGACGGGAGCACCAUCAUCCAAUGUUGGUACUUGGUUUGGUUGGAUUUGAAAAGGCAGCUUUGUGCCUCGUUCUUUAAUAUGUUCUUGUGACUUUUUGAAGCACCUGUUGAAAACAGUUCACCCCCGUUUUUUAUACUCGCAGUAAGAUCUUUUCUCACUCUGUGCGAGUGUGUGCGUGUGUGUGCGUGUGCGCGUGUGUGUGUGUGUGUGUGCAGGAAAGUCUUGAGGGAUCAAAGUAAAGUGUGUUGUUGUACUGUGACUGUUGCUCUGCCAGAUUUUUAGUGAGAUCAUUAGUCAUUAGUGCAUCAAUGAAAUGAAAGGCUCGUGCAUGAACGGUGUACAGUGAAAUGAUUUCCGGUCCUGAAACGAUAUAUAUUCUAGGACAGCUCUACUGGGUGAAGAUGUGAACUGCAGCUUUUAACAGCUGCUCCUUUUGAGUACUGAUGUGGAUGAGUGAGUGGGAGAAACUACAGCAUGUUUUUUUUCAGGCCAGUUGUGCUCAAUGAAUUGAGGUAUUGUACAAUGUCUUUUUAAUGGGAGUUCCCCCAGUUGGAAACAUUUAGAUAUUACUCAAGAAAUUUGACAAUCUUCUUACAGAGUAACCCACUUUUGUCCUUUUUAUUUGGUAUUUUUUUCAAAGGAGUUAAUUGUUAUUAUACAUAAAGAACAGAAGUAUAAGUUAUGCAUCACCUGCAAUAGUUCGUGUUGUUUUGUUGUCGCUGAUGGAGCUACACAUUCAUAGAUGUUUAUAUUGUAAGCAGAGUUAUUCGCUGUAGAUUGUGGAAGUCACGACGGACUGUAUGUUGAACCCUUGUGACAUCGGUUGGCAGGAGUGUUCCGUGUGACUGCACAGCCUUUCAUUACCAUCAUGUUCUGACUUGAUAAGGAAAGGCCAAUUAUUUAUUUUAAUAUCCUCAUCCUUGAAAUGGUGCUUUAAUGUAAUUUAUAUUUCACAUUGAUUGUUCAAACUAUUAAAUGUUUUUUAUUCUUAUUUAAUGGGACAAAAUACUGAACUGAAUAUUUACAUUGAGUAUUUAAUUUCACAGCCUUUGACAUCUUAUCCAAUGUUUCAGUUGUUACAGGUUUAACUUUCUCUGUCUUUUUCUAAUUGGCAGUUAGUUUGCUGAAAGUCUGCUGUAGAAAUGUACAAAUGUAGCCUAUAUCAUUAAAGACACUUAAUUCUU